GAAUCUGAAGACGGUCGCUCGGAUAUUGACCUCGAUCCAUUUGUUAUAAAAGCCACCGAAGCCGAGGCACGUCGGCGAAAGCUUCUUGAAAUAUUCUUCGCCCUCACUGGAAACUCUUCCAGUGAGAUCAAAGAUACGACCUUAAUCCAGCUAUUUUUCACCCAUGAGAUCGAGUUUCUGGAUCUAGAUUUCAUGGCCAUUUUGCGGUUAAAUGCUAGUGAUGUGCAUCAUCGCCAGCUUUACUACAGUUUUUUAUAUUUGGUGCAGCACACGGCCAUGAUCUUGAAAACAAGAAUUUUUGUCAAGCUGCUAGCUGAAAUGCCUUUGACUGACAUUCGCCGCAUUUGCUAUAGGAUAGCUGACAAAUAUGAUUCACUUUUUUACGUACCAGUAAAGGCUGAGGGUGAAGAUGAGGAUGCCAAUCUAGCUCUUUGUUUUGAAUGGAACGAUCGUUUCAAUUGCAUGUGGCCCAUUUUGAGUCUAAUAUCUCGCGAAUACAAG